ACAAAUGUAUGGAUAUCUCCGAGAAACGGACGAUUCCACAGCAAUCAACUUCUCGGCAUACGGAAAAUUCUUGCCAGGAGAAAACACCGGAUUCCAGCUGCUCACAAUCGGAGCCAAGUUUAUUCGAAUUUUUCGCGUAAAUCCAUAUGUGCUCAAAGAGCCGGGCGAGGAUAAUGAAGAAUGGCAGCAGAAAACCAAAUUGGAGUGCAUGUUCUCGUGCAGAUUAUUGAAUAAAUGUCAUUCUAUCGCCGUUGCGAGGGUUCCGCAAUUACCGGACCAAGAUUCAAUUCUAAUGACAUUUGACGAUGCAAAACUAUCGAUUGUUAGUAUAAAUGAAAAGGAACGAAAUAUGCAAACAAUAUCACUUCAUGCAUUUGAAAAUGAAUAUCUACGAGAUGGAUUUAUUAAUCAUUUUCAGCCACCACUGGUCCGUUCGGAUCCAUCAAACAGAUGUGCAGCGUGUCUUGUCUACGGAAAACAUAUAGCAAUUCUUCCAUUUCAUGAGAAUUCGAAAAGAAUUCAUAGUUAUGUUAUUCCACUGAAACAAAUCGAUCCACGGCUGGAUAAUAUUGCUGAUAUGGUAUUUUUGGAUGGAUAUUAUGAGCCGACAAUUUUAUUCCUUUAUGAACCAAUUCAAACUACUCCUGGAAGAGCCUGCGUCCGUUACGAUACAAUGUGCAUAAUGGGUGUCUCCGUGAACAUUGUCGAUCGUCAAUUUGCAGUCGUCUGGCAAACUGCAAAUCUUCCAAUGGACUGCUCCCAACUGCUCCCAAUCCCAAAACCACUCGGCGGAGCCCUGGUUUUUGGCUCGAAUACAGUAGUCUAUCUGAAUCAGGCGGUACCGCCGUGUGGUCUCGUGCUCAAUUCAUGUUAUGAUGGAUUUACGAAAUUCCCGUUAAAAGAUUUGAAACAUUUGAAAAUGACGUUGGAUUGCUCUACAAGUGUCUAUAUGGAAGAUGGACGAAUUGCUGUCGGCAGCCGCGACGGAGAUUUGUUCUUGUUGCGGUUGAUGACGUCAUCCGGUGGUGGAACUGUCAAAUCGCUGGAGUUUAGCAAAGUUUAUGAAACCUCAAUUGCCUACUCGCUAACAGUGUGUGCUCCUGGUCACCUAUUCGUUGGCUCACGGCUCGGAGAUUCUCAACUUUUGGAGUAUACUCUACUAAAAACCACUCGAGAUUGUGCUGUAAAACGUCUAAAAAUCGAUAAUAAAGAUCCGGCGGCGGCGGAAAUUGAAUUGGAUGAAGAUGAUAUGGAAUUGUAUGGUGGAGCAAUUGAAGAGCAACAAAAUGAUGAUGAUGAGCAAAUUGAUGAGUCACUGCAGUUUCGAGAGCUUGAUAGGCUUCGGAAUGUUGGACCGGUGAAAUCAAUGUGUGUUGGAAGGCCAAAUUAUAUGAGUAAUGAUCUUGUUGAUGCGAAGAGACGGGAUCCUGUUUUUGAUUUGGUAACUGCGAGCGGCCACGGAAAAAACGGAGCCCUAUGUGUUCAUCAGAGAUCCCUUCGACCGGAAAUCAUUACGAGCUCACUUUUGGAAGGAGCCGAGCAACUUUGGGCUGUUGGGCGAAAAGAAAAUGAAUCUCAUAAAUAUCUGAUUGUGUCGAGAGUUCGAUCCACGUUGAUUUUGGAGCUCGGCGAGGAGCUUGUCGAGUUGGAAGAGCAACUUUUUGUCACUGGAGAGCCUACUGUGGCGGCUGGAGAGCUCUCCCAAGGAGCACUAGCUGUUCAGGUAACCUCUACAUGCAUCGCGUUGGUCACCGAUGGACAACAAAUGCAAGAAGUUCAUAUUGAUUCGAAUUUUCCAGUAAUUCAAGCAUCAAUUGUUGAUCCAUACGUGGCAUUGCUCACUCAAAAUGGACGGCUUUUGCUCUACGAGCUCGUCAUGGAGCCCUACGUACAGCUGCGUGAAGUCGAUAUCUCUGCAACAUCGUUCGCCACGUGGCACGCCACCGCACAGAAUCUCACACAACUCACGUCAAUCUCGAUUUACGCUGAUGCUUCGGAAAUUAUGAAAUUUGCGGCGGCGGAGAAAAGCAUGGGCGGGGGCGGUGGAGGAGACGGAGAAGUUUCGACCGCCGAAAAUGCGAUGAUGAAAAAAGAGCAGCACGAGGAAGCGAUUUUGCUGCACGGAGAAGACGAUGAUUUUCUGUAUGGAGAUGAAGACGAAACUAUUAUGGAACAGAAUUUUCCUGUUGAAAACGGAGAAGCCACGAUAAAACAGUCGAAUACACGAAAACGAAAGCGUUUGGGACACGAUGCUAUCCAAUCAAGUCGUGGUGGUGAACAAUCCGAUGCAAUUGAUCCGACGAGAACUUUUUCGAGCAUUUCCCAUUGGCUGAUUGUUUCACACGAAAAUGGCCGUCUUUCAAUUCAUUCUCUACCAGAAAUGGAAGUAGUUUAUCAAAUUGGCCGUUUCUCGAAUGUUCCAGAACUUCUCGUUGAUUUAACUGUUGAAGAAGAGGAAAAAGAGCGGAAGGCGAAGGCUCAGCAGGCGGCAAAAGAGGCCUCUGUGCCUACAGAUGAAGCCGAACAGCUGAAUACGGAAAUGAAACAGUUGUGCGAACGCGUUUUAGAGGCGCAGAUUGUUGGAAUGGGAAUCAACCAGGCCCAUCCGAUUCUGAUGGCAAUUGUCGACGAGCAAGUAGUCCUGUAUGAGAUGUUCUCGAGCUCAAAUCCGAUUCCUGGACACCUUGGAAUUUCUUUCCGAAAGCUUCCACACUUUAUUUGCCUCCGAACAUCGUCUCAUUUGAAUUCCGACGGAAAACGGGCUCCGUUCGAGAUGAAAAUCAAUAAUGGAAAACGCUUUUCACUGAUUCAUCCAUUCGAACGAGUCUCCUCAGUGAACAAUGGUGUGAUGAUUGUGGGCGCUGUACCAACACUUCUUGUCUAUGGUGCAUGGGGUGGUAUGCAGACACAUCAGAUGACGGUCGAUGGACCGAUUAAAGCAUUCACUCCGUUCAACAAUGAAAACGUGCUCCACGGUAUUGUCUACAUGACUCAACACAAAUCAGAGCUCCGUAUCGCCCGAAUGCAUCCAGAUUUCGACUAUGAAAUGCCGUAUCCCGUGAAAAAGAUUGAAGUUGGCCGAACAAUUCAUCACGUCAGAUAUCUGAUGAAUUCGGAUGUCUAUGCAGUUGUUUCGUCGAUUCCGAAGCCGAGUAACAAGAUUUGGGUCGUCAUGAAUGAUGAUAAACAGGAGGAAAUUCAUGAAAAAGACGAGAAUUUUGUACUUCCAGCACCACCGAAGUAUACACUGAAUCUCUUCUCGUCCCAAGACUGGGCAGCUGUCCCCAACACAGAAAUCUCAUUCGAAGACAUGGAAGCUGUCACAGCGUGCGAAGACGUUGCACUCAAAUCCGAAUCAACAAUCAGUGGACUCGAAACGUUGCUCGCGAUGGGAACAGUCAACAAUUACGGAGAAGAAGUGCUCGUGCGUGGGCGGAUUAUCCUGUGUGAAGUGAUUGAAGUGGUACCAGAGCCUGAUCAACCGACUUCGAAUCGAAAAAUCAAAGUUUUAUUUGAUAAAGAACAAAAGGGACCCGUCACCGGAUUGUGUGCUAUUAAUGGGCUUUUAUUGUGUGGAAUGGGUCAGAAAGUGUUCAUUUGGCAGUUUAAAGAUAAUGAUUUAAUGGGAAUUUCAUUUCUUGAUAUGCAUUAUUAUGUCUAUCAACUACAUUCGCUUCGAACUAUUGCAAUUGCGUGUGAUGCACGCGAAAGUAUGUCACUUAUUCGUUUUCAAGAGGAUAAUAAGGCAAUGUCAAUUGCAUCGAGAGAUGAUCGAAAGUGUGCACAGCCUCCGAUGGCUUCACAGCUUGUCGUUGAUGGAGCACAUGUUGGAUUUUUGUUGAGUGAUGAGACGGGAAAUAUUACAAUGUUCAACUAUGCUCCCGAGGCACCUGAAUCGAAUGGAGGCGAACGACUUACUGUUAGAGCUGCUAUUAAUAUUGGAACGAAUAUUAAUGCGUUUGUGAGGUUGAGAGGUCACACAUCGCUGCUCCAAUUAAAUAAUGAAGAUGAAAAAGAGGCAAUUGAACAACGAAUGACAACAGUAUUUGCAUCAUUAGAUGGUUCAUUUGGAUUUGUUCGUCCAUUAACUGAAAAAUCAUAUCGUCGACUUCAUUUCCUUCAAACAUUCAUCGGAAGUGUGACACCACAAAUCGCUGGACUUCAUAUCAAGGGAUCACGAUCUGCGAAACCAUCUCAACCGAUUGUUAACGGACGAAAUGCUAGGAAUCUUAUCGAUGGAGAUGUUGUUGAACAAUAUUUACACUUAUCACUUUAUGAUAAAACUGAUUUGGCGAGAAGGCUCGGCGUUGGGAGAUAUCACAUAAUCGAUGAUCUGAUGCAACUUCGCAGGAUGGCUUUUUAUUAUUAAUUCUCAAUUUUUGAAAAAAACCGGUUUUUUAUUUCUAAUUUUUGUGAAUUUUCUUGUUGCUCGUCGCCUUAUUCCCUAUUUUUCCUUUUUUUUCCUAUAAAUUAUUCAAUUUUUUA